GCCCAACCCGCCGCCCGUCCAUGCCGUCUCCGUCCCGUGCUAGCGCAGCUGUCUCAAAAUUUCUGAGAAAGUGCCUCUCUCAACACGCGACGCUUCCCUGUCUCUGACAUCGCCACAUCUCACCACCCGUCACAUCCAGAUACCCAGCCAACAUGCUACGAACAGCCCUCACCCGCUCUUCCAGAGCCCUCUGCUCCGGCGCCCGCGUUGCCGCCCAGCGCCCUAUUGCUUCCCAGAUCUUCCAGAUGCAAGCUGCCCGGACAGCUGCUCCCCAGCUGCGCUCCGCCGCCCGGUGGUACAGCGCCGAGGCUGAGGGUGAGAAGAAGGCCGACGAGGGCGCCGAGCAGAAGGAGGGUGAGACCGAUGAAGUUGCUGCCCUCAAGAAGCAGCUCGAGGCCAAGGACGCCGAGGCCCGCGAGUGGAAGGACAAGUGCCUUCGCACCGUCGCCGACUUCCGCAACCUCCAGGAGCGCACCGCCCGCGACGUCAAGCAGGCCAAGGACUUUGCCAUUCAAAAGUUCGCCAAGGACCUCGUUGAAAGCGUCGACAACUUCGAGCGCGCCUUGAGCGUGGUUCCUCAGGACAAGCUCAAGUCGGAGGAGCAGUCUGAGCACCUCAAGGACCUCGUCAACCUCUACGAGGGUCUCAAGAUGACCGAGAGCAUCCUCCUUUCGACCCUCAAGAAGCACGGUCUUGAGCGCAUCGAACCUGAGGGUGAGGUCUUCAACCCCAACGAGCACGAGGCCACCUUCAUGGCGCCCAUGCCCGACAAGGAGCACAACGUCGUCUUCCACGUCCAGCAGAAGGGCUUCAAGCUCAACGGCCGCGUCCUUCGCCCUGCCCAGGUCGGCGUCGUCAAGAACAAAUAAAUGUCUCUUUCUGUUUCAUCCAACAACCGGAAAAGGGCUACGGAGAGAUUCUUGGCAUGGGCUUAGCGGGGCAGGGCUUAGCAGGGCAGGAUACCCUGAGAUGUCAUGUCAUGACACGACAUGAGAACAAGCCCCUGAAGAAAGGAAUGUUCAAUAUAUGGGGCUCAAGAUAUAGCCAGGGAAACCGAAAAAAGAAGAUAUAAAGAGGAAAAAGGGGCUCGACUGUAAUAAGCCCCGUGUACAACAUCCAACACAAAACGAAUUGUAUGCAACAUAUGCCCGCUUCCCCCGCGCGCAGGAACAAAAAACGGCGUUCACAGGUCUCUUUACAAUCUCAUGUAUUAUAUAAUGACCUCCUCUCUGGUUUUUAGGGUUUUGUUUUGACCAAGCAUAUAUACCACGGCAACUAAAGCGUUGCUUGUGAAAGGGAAUGGGCAAGCGGGCAAAAGGAUAUAAAAACGAUUUUGGGCAUACUUCAGAUAUACCGAACUACCUAUUUACCAGGCAUGCUACUGGCUACCUAACUCUUUCAAAUUGUUGACUCCAACAACCAAGACAUAUCUUCCUUUCAUCCCUUGCACUCGAGAACCAUUGCACUGCACCAAAAGCAGUUCAGUACGUACCCGAU